AAGGGGGCGGGCCCUGCGCGAGGCAUUUUGGGAACGCGUGGUAUUCUGGGAGAGCGGGACCCGCCAUUCACUCGCGUCAUGACUUUGCAGUCGCAAGGGUCACCUCCGCACCAUAAAGGAAGAGGAGACCGGAACCGAACUCUCUUCCUGCCGAGAUGUCUAUUGGCGUGCCGAUUAAAGUCCUACAUGAGGCUGAGGGUCACAUCGUGACUUGUGAGACGAACACUGGUGAGGUAUAUCGAGGGAAGCUCAUUGAAGCAGAGGACAACAUGAACUGCCAGAUGUCCAACAUCACAGUCACAUACAGAGAUGGCCGAGUGGCACAGCUGGAGCAGGUGUACAUCCGUGGCAGCAAGAUCUGCUUUCUGAUUUUGCCUGACAUGCUGAAAAACGCACCCAUGUUAAAGAGCAUGAAAAAUAAAAACCAAGGCUCGGGGGCCGGUCGGGGAAAGGCUGCUAUUCUGAAGGCCCAAGUGGCCGCAAGAAGGAGAGGACGUGGAAUGGGACGUGGAAACAUCUUCCAGAAGCGAAGAUAAAUUUAUCUGUUGGACAGAACUUUGCCCUUAUUUUUUUCUUUUAGGUUAUCUGGGUCAGGGGAUGCGUGCGUAUGUAUAUGCCCUAGGUUAUCUUUUGACAUCUUUUUCUUUAGAUCUGGGUAAAUGUUAAACUAAAUAAAUGUGGUGGGUUUUUUCUUUUUGAGAAUA